AUGGUUUCACAUUCUCAUGAAGAUUUGUCUACCAAAUUUGAUGGAAAAAACUAUCCUAUGUGGGAAUUUCAUUUUCGUAUCUUUGUUCAAGGGAAAGACUUGUUUGGAAUGUUGGAUGGAUCAAGAACUGAUCCAAACAAAGAUAAGGAAAAACAAGUUUGGCAUGCUAACAAUGCUCGUGUCAUUUCAUGGAUACUCAAUUCCGUACACGCAAAUGUUGCAUUGAGUCUGCGUCCGUUCAAUCUGGCAUCGAAGAUGUGGAAGCAUUUCAAAAAGAAUACAAGCAGGAAGACAAAGACAUUCAGAGAUUAUUCGGGACUUAUGGCAAUCUGGUCAGAACAGGACCAAAGUUUUGGAGGAAACCUUUCUUCCACAGGUCUCAAAGAAGUUAUGCUGGAGAAGAAGAAGACGCGGGUUGUUCAAUUUCUCAUGAAAUUGAGACCUGACUUUGAACCUAUUAGAGCAAACAUUCUUAACAGAGAAACUCUACCGGACAUUGAUGUGGUUUUCGGAGAACUUGUACGUGAGGAGACCCAGAUGAAUACUCAAGCAGCCAUGGAUUCAUCCUACACAGUUGACACGGCUAUGUAUGCAUCAAAGGUAAAUUCUACACUCAGAAUUCAUUUCAAAAGUCUUGACCACAAUGCUUUGAGUGCAAAGAGUAUGGUCAUAUUGCAUCACAUUGCAAGAAGAGAAAUAUAUGUAUUUAUUGCAAGAAGCCUGGCCAUAUAA